CACAAAAACCAUCACAGACGAUAAAAGUUUUUAAAGGUCCGUUAUGUGAGCGCGAAUAAACUAAGAGAACGGCGAAGCUCUUUUAACACAGGCGCAAGUUCUCGUUGUGGUUCCUGUUCAUUCGCAGUUCACUGUAACGGAUACGUGCUACCGGUUUAAACCUGUUUUUUUUUUAUUUAUACAAAAGACGUUUUUUUUCUUCAUUCGAGUAGACAGUACAGAUGUGGGUAGGCGAACGGAGUCAACUCCCCGCAAACUUCCUGUAAACACGUUUAUCUCUUUAACGGACCUCCAGCGGAUCUGUUUCUACAGUCUUCGCAUCAAUUUGUACGGGUCUAACGGACAUCUACUCGGUUUAUUCUACAGAUUUUCACCAGCGGACCACCUAUUGCCAGGAGGCUCGUGACCAAACCGACAUGUUGCAGUGGCUGAGUGAUAUUUUCUGGCAGGAGCGUCUCUGGUUUCCAGAAGGUUUAGGGUGGGCCGAUCUUGAAGACCGAGAUGGCCGUGUAUAUGCAAAAGCCAGAGACUUGUGGGUCGCCCUACCCAUCGCAUUCAUCUUCCUCAUACUUCGUCAGAUUUUCGAAAGGACUGUUGCUACAUACGUGGCCUCGUUGCUGGGAAUUAAAAAAUCCAUACGAAGAAAUGCAGAUCACAAUCCAACACUGGAGUCAUACUACUGUCACUCUAGCAAAUACCCAACACAGAAGUGUGUAGCAGAGUUGUGUAGGCAAAGUGGAUGUACCGAGAAGCAGGUGCAGCGUUGGUUCAGACGAAGAAGAAACCAGGACAGACCCAUCCUGAUUAAGAAGUUCAGAGAGGCCAGUUGGAGGUUUGUGGUUUAUCUCUUUGCCUUUGUUACUGGCCUGGUUUCUCUCAUUGACAAACCUUGGUUGUAUGAUUUGGAGGAGAUGUGGAAGGGAUUCCCAACUCUGACGGUCUUGCCCUCACAGUAUUGGUACUACAUGUUGGAGCUGGGAUUUUACCUUUCACUGCUCCUCAGCGUGGCUUCAGAUGUCAAACGCAAAGAUUUUAAAGAGCAGAUCGUCCACCAUGUUGCCACCAUCACACUGAUCAGUUUCUCUUGGUGUAUGAAUUACAUCCGCGCUGGAACACUCAUCAUGUUUCUUCACGAUUCCUCUGACUAUCUCCUUGAGUCAGCUAAGAUAUUUACCUAUGCAGGAUGGAGGAGAACAUGCAAUUUUAUAUUCAUUGUGUUUGCUGGAUUCUUCAUCAUCACUCGUCUAGUCAUCUUCCCAUUCCGAAUCCUGUACUGUACGUGGGUGUAUCCCCUGACGAUCUACCCUCCGUUCUUCGGCUAUUACUUCUUUAACGGGCUGCUGCUGGUGCUGCAGUGUUUACACGUGUUCUGGGCUGUACUCAUCGUCCGGAUGGCACUACGCUUCUUGCCCCAAAAUGAGAUUGUGGAAGACGAGAGGAGCGACAGAGAUGAGACUGAUGACUCUGAGGAAGAGGAUGAGAGGAACGGCGAGAUAAAGAAAAACGGCGAGAUAAAGAACAACUACACUGCGCACAGCAGCAACAACCACCGCAAGCACCACAAAACACACUGAUUGAGAAACUGAGACACACACACACACAUAUACGCAUAUAGGGGGAGAGAGAGUUUCAAGUUAUUCUAUAUUCCUCUCUCUCUCUCUCUCUCUCUCACACACACACUGACAAUAUUAUGAUGUGAGUAUGCUUCUGCUACAGUGUUAGCUGCUAGCUCGCCUCCAGGUCCAGAGUGGAGUGUUUAAUGGCUGAUGUCAUGAGGUCACAUGACCACCAUUUUAGCACUUCCUCUCCUUACAUUCUAUAAAACAAACACUCCUUUACAGGCAUAAUGCACAAAUUCUGUUUGUUGUUUUUUGUUUUUUUCAACCAACAACUCCAAAGUUUUCCAAAAUCUUUCUUUGUAAUUGUAAAAUAUUAGUUUUAUUUUAUGCUACACCUGUGCUUUACUCAGUCAUUAGCGGAGUAAAAAACUAGAUUAGUUUGCUAGAUCUGGACUAUUUAUUUGAGUCAAGUGAGUAAACAACACAGGGAAAACACUAAUUUUCUGUAAACACCUAGCUUAGGCAUCAAGAGAUAUUAAUAUAUUCACUACUGCCUAUUUAAUAAAGCCAAAGUGCCAAAAAGAUUAAUAAUGGGGAAAGAGAGAGACAGAGAGAAACAACCUUCACAGUGGAUAGUUUACUGAAUUAUGUGCGUUAUAUUUCUUCUGUCCGUCCUUCCUGUGUUUACGUUCAAAACUGCUCUCCCUGUCACACGCCACUCAGGUUAAAUCAGAAUCUUUACAUGAAUUCAUACGGCUGAUGAAUACCUUCCGGUACGUGUGUACAUAUUAGACAUUUAUAUACCUUGCAGAUUGUACACUAAUCGUGUAAUGAAGCAGAAUGCCUGGGCCCAUCCUCCAGCAGCUUUUCAGGUGGCUUUAGCAGUCAAGCCACCAGGCCACACCUUAAACCACAUUACCAUGCUAAACCCCCAACUAUGACCAAUGUAGCUAAUAUGCUAAAAAUAAAAAGUAAUACUUAAAAAGUAUGCUCAACAUUUAUUAAAAUGAAGAUGGGCCUUAUUCCAAACCACACACUAAAUAUUUGGCUAUAUUAACAAAAACAAAUGUUCUAAAUUGCAAAUUAAUAAAUGAUCAAAACAAUAUAAUUAAAAACGUAGUGGUUAAGUCAUUACUAAAACAAGCAAGGUAACAUUUCAAAUUGUGUACAACCAAAGAAAACUUCUCUCUCUCUCUCUCUCUCUCUCUCUCAUCUUCUUUUAAACUCAUUAUUACACCCCUUUAUUUUUUGUUGAAUCCUCACUGCCGCAGCCAACUGAACUUCAGUGUUAUUUUUUUAUUAUAAUGUUUACUGAACUGAAAUGUUUAUUAAUGAAAAUUGAUCUAAUAAACCAAUAGGAACCUCA